AUGGACAAUGCACGUGCAGACGUGGCAGCAGAGCGGGCAGUGGACGGUGAUCUCAUGCUCUCUGACAUGGGGCAGGGCCUUCCGCUGCGCAACGCUGGUUUUGACGGGGCCAUCAGCAUCUCAGCAGUGCAGUGGCUGUGCAAUGCCGACAAGUCUUCACACAAUCCGCGCCUGCGCCUCAAGGCCUUCUUCCAGUCGCUGUACCGCUCACUGGCUAGGGGAGGCAGGGCGGCGCUGCAGAUCUAUCCCAAUGGGGCGCCGCAGCUGGAGAUGAUUUCCAAAGCCGCCAUGCAGGCCGGGUUCUCAGGGGGGCUCGUUGUGGACUACCCCCACAGCACCCGAGCCAAGAAAUACUUUCUGUGUCUCGUAGCUGGCCCUGCUGGUAGCCGGCCAAUGCCCAAGGCUAAAGGGGGGGAUGGGGAGAGUGAGGAGAGCGAGGAAGAGGACGGCAGCGAUGAGAGUGAUGGGGAAGGAAGAACUGUGGGUUAUGAGCAGCGGCAGAGACAACGACCUGGGAAGAAGCAGAAGCUGAAUGGAAAAGGGGCUAAGGGAAGGAAUUGGGUGUUGAAGAAAAAGGAGCACCGGCGGCAGCGAGGAGACAUGGAUGUUCCCAGAGACACUAAGUACACUGCACGGAAAAGAAAGUCACGGUUCUGA